AUGAAGGGAUUCGGCGGCUUCAAAGCUUUGUCGGCGCUGUCUUUGAGCGGCAUUGCGCUCGGAGCGGUGAGCAAUUCGACUUCCUCAGGUAAAUCCGUGUCCCUCGACCUGACGUCCCUCUUCAACAACAAAGGAUUCGGAAGUCGGCCGGGAGAGGCUUCCUUCGAUGCGCUCAACCAAUCUUUCCCCGAGCCGACUGUUGGUCCAGACUUUGUCUCGACCGACACGGGCAUCCAGUACAGCUUCCCCGGCUAUACCGGGCCCGGCAAACUCGACAACCUCAUUAGCACCGGUCAAAAGAUCUCGGUCCCUCAAAACGGCUCCUACUUCUCGGCUUCAUUCCUCGUCGCGGGAGAUCUCGAGGGCGCAACCGUCAGCGGGAACGUGUCCUUCAACUACGCCGACAACACCACGUCCGAGUUCGAGCUGCGCACGCUCAACUGGUUCAGCUUCCUGACCAUCAACCGCGGAGAGAUCUUCUUCCAAAGCCGGUACACAGCAAACGGCUCUAACUUCAACUCCUCGCACAUUUUUGAACGGACGACUGCGCUGCAGCCUGGCAAGAGGCUCAGCUCCAUCACUCUGCCGGACAAGAGUAACGCGACGGAGGGCAGGCUUCACAUCUUCGCCAUCACAUUGUGGCAGCAAGCCCCGGAUGUGGCGAUCCAGUCGGUGAGACCGACGCAGAAGUGGAUCGGGAACGGGACGCAGGUCGUGGAGGUCACUGUCAAUAAUGCCGGGUCGAAGUGCGUCUCUGGCGACGGCCUCAAGAUCACGAUUUCCGGAGACGGGUUCAGUACUGCGAGCCCGGGGCACUUGAAGCGAUUGUGCCCAGGAGACCAGAAGGUGGUCGUCGUCGGUGUCAAUGGUGCAUCGCACGGCCCCGUCAACGUCGUUGUUCAUAUUGACGACGGUACAUGUAGUAACCGGAAGACAACUAAUUUUGCUGAUGUUGAAAUCGGCUUGACCGAAUGGACUACGGAUAGCGACAGCCUCUCGAAGCACGAGAGCCCGGAAUGGUUUGAUAAUGCUAAAUUCGGCAUCUUCAUUCAUUGGGGCCCAUACUCCGUCACUGGCUGGGGCAACUCUUCACCCUACGAGAGCUACGCUGAGUGGUUCUGGUGGUACUCGACGCAUCACCCGCAAGCCGAUCGGUCAGACUUCUAUCAAUACCGUCUCGACACGUACGGCCCAGACUGGGCUUACGACGACACCUUCCCUGAAUUCAAUGCCUCAAAGUUUGAUGCCAAAGAGUGGGUUGACCUCUUUGCGGAUGCUGGCGCCAAAUACUUUGUCCUCACGACCAAACACCACGACGGGUUCGCUCUCUUCGAUGCAGGAGAGACAUCGAACCGUUCUGCGAUCCAUUACGGCCCCAAGCGCGAUCUCUUGAAGGAACUGUUUGAUGCCGCGAAGACUUUCUAUCCGCUCAUGAAGAGAGGCACGUACUACUCAAUGCCUGAGUGGUUCAACAAGGACUUUGGCAUCUACGGUUUCGACCAGUUCGCCACUCCAUCAACCGUCUCUUGGCCCGGCGUCCCGGCGACUAACCCGUACACUGGCGAGAUCGAACCAUACACCGGCCAUGUGCCCAUCAACGACUAUAUCGCCGACCUCAUGGUCCCGCAGAUGGAGGCCCUUGCCUACGUGUACAACACGGAUAUAAUGUGGUGUGAUUGCGGUGCCGCCAACGGCACGCGAGACUUCGCAGCGACGUGGUGGAACAAGGCCCGCGCCGAGGGUCGGCAGGUCGCCAUCAACUCUCGCUGCGGCAUCCCGGAGGCGGCCGACUUUGACACGCCCGAGUACCAGACCUUUGCGUCGGCGCAGCGGCACAAGUGGGAGAGCAACCAGGGCAUGGACCCGUACAGCUAUGGCUACAAUCGCGCGACGAAGCCCGAGGAGUACAUGAGCGCCACCAAGAUUGUGUACUCCCUCGUCGACAUGGUCUCCAAGAACGGCAACUUCCUGCUGGACAUUGGUCCCAGGGCAGACGGCACCAUUGUCCAAGCUGAGAUGGACAAUUUGCGUGAGGCGGGUAAGUGGAUCAAGGCCCACGAUGAGGCCAUCUUCAACACGACGUACUGGUUCGUGCAGAGCGAGAUUGUCGGGGGACCGGAUGUCAGAUUCACGCAGACGAAUGAGGCUUUCUACACGGUCUUCUUGGAGAAGCCGACCGUCGUCGACGGUUGGACCAGUAUCAAGGCACCGGUACCCGUUGUUGAAGGAGACAUCAUCAGUCUGCUGAGCAUCGGAGGAGCCGAGGACCUUAAGUGGGAGGUUGAGGGCUCGGGAGCCGAGACUGAGUUGAAGAUCCAAGUUGACGAGGCUCUUGUUGAGGAAGAUCAGUUUGGUUGGGUGUUCAAGAUUAGCUACGGGGCGUGA